GGUCACUCCAGUUUUAAUUAAAUCCAAGCCAUGUGCGAACACAAUUGAACUUUAAGUCCUAAAUUGUUCAAAUGUAGGAUUGUCCACUGCGAACUUCCUGAGCGCAGGUCUUUUUCAUGACACGGGGAACGGUAAUCGAAACCAGUUCGGUAUUUAAUCAGCCUCGUUUGGGGGACUAAUUUUGGCUGCGGGUUGUUUUUUUGUUUUUUACUUUUUACUUCGGAGCGUCAUAGCCGGCAUCACUGAAAGAACUAUUACCUCGGAAGGCGACACACGCGGCAAUACCGCUGUCCUCUGCCUACCUGGGGCCCUUGUUGUGUUUAGUUUCCCUGGUAACGGGACGUCGCUUCGUAACUGGAUGCCCAGAUGCAGAAGUGUGUCGGGGUAGUUUGCGUGUUCCUCAUCUUUUGCGCAGCACUGUCGGAGACCGUUGGAUUGGUGAUUGCGGCUAAAGAGAAGCGCGGCUGGACUUUAAACAGCGCAGGGUAUCUGCUGGGACCCCGUCGUAUUGAACACCUAAUACAGAUAAAGGACAGUCCCAGUGCAAGGGGGCGAGAGGAUCUGCUUGACGAAUAUGCCAUUGACAGUCACAGAGCGCUCAGCAACAAGCAUGGCCUCGCGGGGAAGAGAGACCUGCCCGCGGAGGACGACUUCAAAUCGAGUGCCCUGAGAAUAGCGGAUGAGAAUGUAAUACACACCAUCAUCGACUUCCUGUCUUACCUGAAGCUGAAAGAAAUGGGAGCCCUUGACAACGUCUCCCCUGCCCUCACAUCAGAAGAGGUGGGCCAGCCUUAGCCUGGGUUAGCAGUUAGCGUCACACGUACAGGAGCUGGUCCAGUUUCGGUACAAACCCCCCCCCCCCCCCCCCCCCCCCCCCCCCAAAUCUCUCACGCACUUUCCAAACUGACCGAGACACUUUGGCUCCUGGAGCCCAGUCUGUUCCCCACUGUCAAAGCCACCAGAACCUUCCCUCCUGCCCAACUCCUAAAAACAAACAUUAAGGAUUGA